AUGAGAGCAGUAAAUUUCGUAUUGAGUCCUUUAGACCAAUUUGAAGUAAGAGAUUUAUUUUCUUUAAAUAGUAAUUUAUUAGGAAACAUUAAUAUAUCAUUAACAAAUAUAGGUUUAUAUCUAUCAAUAGGUGGAUUUAUAAUAUUAACAUAUAGUUUAUUAGCAACAAAUAAUAAUAAAAUUAUACCAAAUAACUGAUCAAUAAGUCAGGAAACUAUAUAUGCUACAGUACACAGUAUAGUAAUAAAUCAACUUAAUCCUACAAAAGGACAAUUAUAUUUCCCAUUUAUAUAUGCAUUAUUUAUAUUUAUAUUAGUAAAUAAUUUAAUAGGAAUGGUGCCAUAUAGUUUUGCAUCAACAUCACACUUUAUUUUAACAUUCUCAUUAAGUUUCACAGUUGUUUUAGGUGCAACAUUCUUAGGAUUCCAAAGACAUGGAUUAAAAUUCUUUUCAUUAUUUGUACCUUCAGGUUGUCCUUUAGCAUUAUUACCUUUAUUAGUUUUAAUCGAAUUCAUUUCAUACUUAUCUAGAAAUGUUUCUUUAGGUUUAAGACUUGCAGCUAAUAUUUUAUCAGGUCACAUGCUUUUAUCUAUUUUAAGUGGAUUUACAUAUAAUAUAAUGACUAGUGGUAUAUUAUUCUUCUUCUUAGGUUUAGUUCCUUUAGCUUUUAUAAUUGCAUUCUCUGGAUUAGAAUUAGCUAUUGCAUUUAUUCAAGCUCAAGUUUUCGUUGUUUUAACUUGUUCUUACAUUAAAGACGGAUUAGAUUUACACUAA